UCCGAAUCCGAUGCUAUGAGCUUGAGACAGCGACCACCUCCCUCCCGCACUGCCUCCGUCGGCACCGGAGGAGGAGCGCCGCCGCCACCACCACCACAGCCCUCCGCCUCAGCAGGUCCUCCAGCGGAAGAACCCUAUAACAUCAUUCCCGUGCAUAACCUUUUGCACGACCAUCCAUCCCUCCGUUACCCAGAAGUUCGUGCCGCUGCCGCUGCCCUCCGCACCGUUGGAGAUCUCCGGAAGCCUCCCUUCGUCGUUUGGCGCGAUGGUAUGGACCUACUGGACUGGUUGGGUGCCUUCUUCGGCUUCCAACGCGAUAACGUUCGGAACCAGAGAGAGCAUCUGGUCCUUCACCUCGCCAACUCCCAGAUGCGCCUCGAACAACCUCCGGACAACAUCGACACCCUUGAACCUACUGUCCUUCGCAGAUUCCGCAAGAAGCUCCUCAGAAACUACACCUCCUGGUGUUCUUAUCUUGGUCAUAAGUCCAACGUCUGGAUCUCCGAUCGCCGUGAGCCCUCCGCUUCUCACCACCGCCGUGAGCUCCUCUACAUUUCCCUCUACCUGCUCAUAUGGGGCGAAGCUGCCAAUCUCCGAUUUGUCCCUGAAUGCAUCUGCUACAUCUUCCAUCAUAUGGCCUUGGAACUCAAUCGCAUCCUCGAAGACUACAUUGACGAGAACACGGGAAGACCUGUUAUCCCUUCUAUCUCAGGCGAAGACGCUUUCUUAAACCGUGUUGUCACCCCUAUCUAUAAUAUUAUUCGUGCCGAGGUCGACAACAGUCGGAAUGGCACUGCCCCUCACUCCAAUUGGAGAAAUUAUGAUGACAUUAACGAGUUCUUCUGGAGCCGCCACUGCUUCAAGCAACUCAAGUGGCCGAUCCAUGUUGGCAGCAACUUCUUUGUAACUAGGGCUCAGGGUAAAGGUGUCGGUAAGACUGGAUAUGUUGAGCAGAGAACGUUCUGGAAUUUGUAUCGCAGCUUCGAUCGCCUUUGGGUUAUGCUCAUACUAUUCUUUCAAGCGGCUCUUAUCGUUGCUUGGGAGGGCAACAGUACUCCUUGGGGCGCGUUGGGCAAUCGUGAUGUGCAGGCUAAAAUGCUUACCGUGUUUAUCACCUGGGGGUGUCUUCGAUUCCUUAAGUCGCUGCUUGAUGCUGGUACCCAGUACAGUCGGGUGUCAUGGGAUACGAUGUUGGUUGCGUUGAGGAUGAUUCUGAAGUGCGUUUUUGCCUCGGGAUGGACUAUUGCAUUCAUUGUUCUCUAUGUAAGGAUUUGGUCACAGAGGAAUCAGGAUGGGAAGUGGUCUGCGGCAGCAAAUCGUAGGCUGGUGACUUUUCUUGAGGCUGCCCUUGUUUUUAUCAUCCCUGAGCUGCUUGCAGUGGCUCUCUUUAUUCUGCCCUGGAUCAGAAACUUCCUGGAGGAGACGAAUUUUAGGAUCUUCUACGCUUUAACGUGGUGGUUCCAGACAAGGUCCUUUGUGGGUCGCGGCCUCCGGGAAGGGCUUGUCGAUAAUAUCAAGUACACCUUGUUCUGGGUUGUGGUUCUGGCUUGCAAGUUCACCUUCAGCUAUUUCCUCCAGAUCGAGCCCAUGGUCGCCCCAACCAGAGCUCUUUUGCAGCUCAAGAUCACUAAUUUCAAAUGGCAUGAGUUCUUCAGUAACACGAAUAGGUUUGCUGUUGGACUGCUAUGGCUUCCUGUUGUCUUGAUCUACCUCAUGGACCUGCAGAUAUGGUACUCGAUUAUCUCAUCCUUGGUUGGGGCUAUGGUUGGGUUGUUCUCACACCUGGGUGAGAUUCGAAACAUCCAACAAUUGAGGCUUAGGUUCCAGUUCUUCGCAAGUGCAAUGCAGUUUAAUCUCAUGCCGGAAGAGCAAUUGUUAAAUUACCGAGGGACGCUGAAGAGCAAGUUCCAUGAUGCCAUAAACAGACUGAAGCUGAGAUAUGGGCUAGGCAGGCCCUUCAAGAAGAUUGAAUCGAAUCAGGUUGAGGCGCACAGGUUUGCACUGCUGUGGAAUGAAGUAAUUGAAACAUUUAGGGAAGAAGACAUCAUUAGCGACCUUGAGGUUGAGCUUUUAGAACUGACACCCAACUCUUGGAACAUCAGGGUCAUCCGCUGGCCUUGUUUUCUCCUAUGCAAUGAGCUGCUUCUUGCUCUUAGCCAGGCAAAAGAAUUGGUAGAUGCACCUGACAAAUGGCUCGUGAGGAAGAUUUGCAAGAACGAGUACAGGCGGUGUGCGGUUAUAGAAUCUUAUGACAGCAUCAAGUACUUGCUUCUUGAGAUUGUCAAAGAUGGCACAGAAGAACAUUCAAUCAUUACAACCUUGUUCCAAGAGAUUGAUCAUGCAAUUCAGAUUGAAAAGUUCACACAGACAUACAAGACGACUGCGCUGCCACAGAUGCAUUCCAAAUUGAUAACCCUUCUUGAACUCAUUAACAAACCAAAGAAAGAUAUGGGCCGGGUGGUGAAUGUAUUGCAGGCCCUAUAUGAGGUUUUUAUUCGGGAUUUCCCAAAGGUGAAGAGGACCACUGAGCAGCUGAGGGAGGAUGGAUUGGUGCCUCUCAGGUCUAACACCAGCACAGAGCUACUAUUUGAGAAUGCUGUGGAAUUGCCUGGUGUUGAAAAUGCAUCCUUCUACCGGCAGGUACGGCGUUUGCAUACAAUUUUUUCCUCUAGAGACUCAAUGAACAAUGUUCCAAAGAAUCUUGAGGCAAGACGGCGUAUUGCAUUCUUUAGUAACUCCCUCUUCAUGAACAUGCCCCAUGCUCCCCAAGUUGAGAAAAUGAUGGCUUUCAGUGUCCUUACUCCCUACUACAAUGAAGAUGUCAUUUACAGCAAAGAACAGCUGAGGAGUGAAAACGAAGAUGGUGUAUCUAUCCUGUUUUAUUUGCAGAAGAUUUAUGAUGAUGAGUGGAAGAAUUUCAUGGAGCGGAUGCGAAGAGAGGGAACAGGGGAUGACAGUGAGAUAUGGACAACCAAGCUCAGAGAACUCCGUCUUUGGGCAUCACACAGAGGUCAGACGCUAUCUCGCACUGUAAGGGGAAUGAUGUAUUACUACAAGGCUCUCAAGAUGCUUGCCUUUCUUGAUUCUGCAUCAGAGAUGGACAUCAGGGCAGGGUCACAAGAACUAGCAUCUCUUGGUUCAAUGAGGGUUGAUGGUGCUACGGAUGCUCUAGGUACAAGUAGAUCACCAUCUUCCCGGAGUCUUAGCAGGGUGGAUAGUGGCGUCAACCUGUUAUUUAAAGGCCAUGAAUAUGGGACUGCUAUGAUGAAAUAUGUAUAUGUGGUCAGUUGCCAGAUCUAUGGAGCUCAAAAAGGGAAAGAUCCACGCGCUGAGGAGAUUUUAUAUCUGAUGAAAAACAAUGAAGCCCUCCGAGUUGCCUAUGUUGAUGAGGUUCACACAGGGAGGGAUCAGGUGGAGUAUUACUCUGUCCUUGUGAAGUAUGAUACACAAUUGGAGAGGGAAGUUGAAAUCUACCGGAUCAGGUUGCCUGGUCCUUUGAAGCUUGGAGAGGGUAAGCCAGAAAAUCAGAAUCAUGCCAUUAUCUUCACUCGUGGUGAUGCAGUUCAGACCAUUGAUAUGAACCAAGACAACUAUUUUGAGGAGGCCCUCAAGAUGCGGAACCUGUUACAGGAAUUCAAGACCUACUAUGGUAUCCGUAAGCCCACAAUCUUGGGAGUCCGUGAACAUAUCUUCACUGGUUCUGUUUCUUCACUUGCUUGGUUCAUGUCUGCUCAGGAGACAAGCUUUGUAACCUUGGGACAGCGUGUUUUGGCUAACCCUCUAAAGGUGCGAAUGCAUUAUGGCCACCCAGAUGUGUUUGAUAGAUUCUGGUUCUUGACGCGGGGUGGCAUUAGCAAGGCUUCCAGGGUAAUCAACAUCAGUGAAGACAUAUUUGCGGGAUUCAACUGCACACUUCGGGGUGGCAAUGUGACACAUCAUGAAUACAUUCAGGUUGGUAAGGGAAGGGAUGUUGGAUUGAAUCAGAUAUCGAUGUUUGAGGCAAAGGUUGCCAGCGGCAAUGGCGAGCAGGUUGCAAGCAGGGAUGUCUACCGGUUGGGGCACAGGCUGGAUUUCUUCCGGAUGCUCUCAUUCUUUUACACCACUGUUGGAUUCUUUUUCAACACAAUGGUGGUCGUCUUGACUGUUUAUGCAUUUUUAUGGGGCCGCCUUUAUCUUGCUCUAAGUGGCAUUGAGGCUGCUAUGAUGGAGAACUCUAACAAUAAUAAAGCUCUAGGCACAAUCUUGAAUCAGCAGUUCAUCAUCCAGAUGGGUCUUUUCACUGCCCUCCCAAUGAUUGUGGAAUACACUCUUGAGCAGGGGUUCCUUGCUGCAGUGUGGGAUUUCUUGACGAUGCAGCUCCAGCUUUCAUCUGUUUUUUACACAUUUUCAAUGGGUACUCGUACCCAUUUCUUUGGCCGGACCAUCCUUCAUGGUGGUGCGAAAUAUCGAGCCACAGGGCGUGGUUUUGUUGUGGAACAUAAGAGCUUUGCAGAGAACUAUAGACUCUAUGCUCGCAGUCAUUUUGGGAAGGCAAUUGAGCUUGGGGUUAUACUGACUGUUUACGCUUUGCACAGCUCUAUAGCAAGGAAUACUUUUGUUUACAUAGCCAUGACAAUCUCAAGUUGGUUCUUGGUAGUGUCAUGGAUCAUGGCUCCCUUUGUUUUCAACCCGUCCGGAUUUGAUUGGUUAAAAACUGUAUACGAUUGGGAUGAUUUUUUGAACUGGAUAUGGUAUCGUGGUGGAGUAUUCACUAAAGCAGAUGAAAGCUGGGAGACAUGGUGGUAUGAGGAACAGGACCAUCUGAGGGUGACUGGUCUCUGGGGGAAAUUACUGGAGAUAAUUUUAGAUCUCCGUUUUUUCUUUUUUCAGUAUGGGAUUGUAUACCAGCUGGGCAUUGCUGGAGGUAGCACCAGUAUUGUUGUUUACUUGCUAUCUUGGAUCUACAUGGUUGUAGCUGUUGGUAUCUAUGUGAUAAUAUCAUAUGCUCGAGACAAGUAUUCCGCCAAAAAACACAUCUACUACCGGCUGGUUCAGCUCCUUGUCAUUGUGCUCAUAAUUCUACUGAUCGUUGUGUUGAUGCAGUUCAGCCGUUUAAAAUUUCUGGACCUUUUCACAAGCUUGAUGGCAUUCAUACCUACAGGUUGGGGUCUCAUAUCCAUUGCUCAAGUACUCAGGCCCUUUUUGCGCUCUUCUGUGGUGUGGAAGACUGUGGUUGCCCUCGCUCGUCUAUAUGAUAUUUUGUUUGGAGUUAUUGUUAUGGCUCCUGUGGCGCUACUCUCAUGGCUGCCAGGGUCCCAGGCUAUGCAAACAAGGAUCCUCUUCAACGAAGCAUUUAGCAGGGGCCUCCAGAUAUCUCGUAUUCUUGCGGGCAAAAAAUCUAAUCAUUUAUGAUUUGUGUGAGGUUGAGGUUGGAGGGGGACUAGUUGUAAAAAGAUAUUGAGUAGCGGUAUUUUUUUUUCUUCCGAGGGAAUUUGUUGGUGUGUAUGGAACUGUGGUUGCUGCUAUUUGUUAUUCUUUUUUUCAUCUUCCAGGUGAGGGAAGGACAAUCGGACUGCUUUUUGUCUUUAGUUGCAUCUUCCCUACUAUUGUAAUUAAUUGAGUUUACACUUCAUGCCUGGAGUCUUUUCUGAGCACCCUGUUACUCAUUGGUAGAA